GAAGACGUGCUCUUUAACCAAACACUUCCUGGUGCGCGGUGUUAGCAGUAAAUUCAGAGCUGGUUUAUCACUCAGACUUCCCGUUUCAGAGCUGCUCUCGGACCCAAGUUUGUGUAAUCAGUGUGGACAGUGCAGCCAGGGCGGACACAUGCACUGACAUUAUUUAUUAACGUCAGAGGAAAGUGAAAUGUCUAACUAGGUGUAUAGUUAACCAUUCUCAGAGAGAGACCGAGAGAGAGACAGAAGCGCUAGAUUAGCCUAGCUACCGUUAGCCAAACAGCCGGCUGUGUCUCAAAUCUAUAACCGUUUAACACUUUAUUUAAAAAAAAAAGCCAUGAUUUAAUUUGGAAUCCUGAAACAUGGGAGUGUGGCGCCAGGAUCCAUAAGACUCUCGCUUUCACCCAUUAUCACAUAAUUACCGUCGAUUGAAAGCGCAGUCCAUCUGUCUGCACUCCGUGAAAGGUUCUGCUGAUUUAAUUUGAGCUCGAGAACAAGGCGGGAGUUGAUAAAUAGGCUCCAGAGCACUGUAGAACAACACGCUGGUGUCAGCGGGACGUCUUCGGGAAGGGGAACGAGAAAAGUAUGUUAGUAAGCUACUUUAAACUGGUGUGUGUGCUGGAACGUGAUGAUUCGACCAAACGAGACGGAAUAAAGACGGUGAAUGAGGCACAACCCCAGCGUACUGAUGUUCUUUCAGGUUCUACACCACCAGGAAGCUCAAGUUCCAUGAAAACGCAAUUGCAAACGUAGAGCAGACCGUGCGACGUUUCGGCUGCUUGAUCAUCGUGGAGACGCCAUGGAGCCAGACGUGAUCCACAUGUACUCGUCCUCACCUCCGCCCUUGGAGGACGGUGCCGACGAGGACGACGACGAGUUCAGCGACUUUGCUGGCGUUCCCAGCAGCGUCAGCUUCACAGAAUUCGAGACGCCCAUCACGUUCAAUCAGCUGCAGGCGCUGAACGCAACGUCGCCGCCGGAGUUAAUCGGUAACGGGCGCAUUGUUGGACUUAACGGACCGGCAAUUUCGAACGGCAGCCAGGGGAACGCUCCGGCUUGUCGGACCGUCAGUGUGGAGGAGCUGAAAAAGGUUACGGAGCGUCCGCACGGGGCUCUCACGAACUUUUCAGACUUUCCGGGAAAUGCCAGGACUGGUAACGACGCCGUGGACUGCAACGGAGGCGGCAACGAAGUUCUCACGAAUGGCUUUGCGGAUUCUGGCACAGAGGGAACUCCUCCCUCACGUCAUAUACACAGGGAAACGGGCCCCUCGGUGGGUCGCCGUCCCGAUGCGAUCCCCAGUGACGGUGAGGAGGAUUUUGCGGAUUUUGCUGCUUUUUCGAAUGCUGACAUUCCCGGUCACACGGACAGCGGUGUGAACUGGGAAAAUUCAAACCAUGAUGUGAGACUAGCACAAGAUAACCAACCACAAAGUGAGGAAAAUCAUGGAGCUAGCGUAGCGGGCAAAGCAGUGGACAAUGACAAGGACGACUGCGUAACAGGGUUCGCCUCGUUUGCAGAGGCUUCAGAUCACCUUAGCAACGGAGACGGGGGUUUCCAUGCUGGGGCGAGUUAUGGACAGAGGGAUCAGGACACUAACCAUGCACAUCAGGACUCAAAUACUACUGAGUCUGUUAGCACAGAGAAACAAAUAUCACAGAACAGUGUGGCGCUGGAUGGUUUGGAGGUUAAGGUGGAUAACAGGGUGUCCCCCGUCUCCAUGGAUGAGCGAGGUAGCGGCAGCGAGCUCACGGAAGACAAGGCGUCCGGGAAUGACACGGAAACGGAGACCGAAACGGAGACCUCUUUCGGUCGUCCACUGUCCACGGAAGCGCUCGAGGAAUUCGGGGAUUUCAGUACGACCGGUUCGGUACCUUCCCCUCAGCUACAGGAAGAGACGGCCACUCCUGCUGACCAUAGCCAGCUGGCCGAGGAUGACGAGGACUUUGGGGAUUUCGGUGACUUCGGGGAUCCCACCUCGUUCGGAGGUGCCGGCUUUGCUGAUUUUGAGCAGCAGGGGGCAGCGCAGCAGUCUGCGCCUUCGGAAUCGGUCGCGCCUUCAGACUCCGACGGGCAAAACGAUCCGGAAACAACGUGCGUCAACGAGGACGAGUUUGGCGACUUCGAUGCGCACGGACAACCCGGCGAGACCACGCAAGAAAACGAGGCAGGGGCGGAGACUGCAGAGUUUCCGGGUAGCGACAGUUUCGCAGACUUUACUUCAGCGCCUGGUGAUGGCGUUGCUGAUGAUAACGGGGGAUGGCAGGCGUUCGGCGAGUCGAAUGAGGAAGCUGGGGAAUCGUGGGCAGCAUUCGGUCAGGACCACUCGACCUUUUCGGAGAAGAGCGAAGAAGAUUGGCAUGAAAGUCCGUCGGUUACCGCGCCCCCUACUGGCAGUGAUGAGGAGUGCAGGAAAGACAGCUUUAUGGUGUCUCUCGUCAGCCGUUUGGAGAAGCUGUUCCUGGCCAGUUUUCUUGAGAUCUCCUUGCCUCACAUCGAGGAGGAUGUACCCCAUCUUAAAGCCUUCCUAGAGCCACGUGAAGGAUCGGAAAAAGGAGAGAGCGCGCCAGCACCUGUCAGUGGAGGAGUGCAGGGUGUGUGGCUGCAGCUGCAGGACAUCCACAAUGCGUUUGGUCUGAGGUAUCAGUGGGGCGGAUCACACAGUAACAAAGCUCUGCUCUGCUCACUGGGCAUCGACACGCGGAACAUACUGUUCACAGGUCAGAAGAAGCAGCCCGUUAUCGUGCCCAUGUAUGCAUCCAGUCUGGGAAUGCUGGAGCCCACUAAAGAGCCGGUGAAGCCCGUCUCCGCUGCUGAGAUGAUCGCCUCCAUAGCGCAGACUCCCUCUGUUGCCACGGAGAUGAGCACCUGCCCCGCCGACGCAGCUCAGGAGUCCCUCCCGCCGGUGCAGUUUGACUGGAGCAGCAGUGGCCUUACAAACCCUUUGGAUGCGAGUGGAGGUUCAUCUCUGCUGAAUCUGGACUUUUUCGGGCCGGUGGACGACUCGCCCUCCAGCUCCACCACCUCCAUACCAGGCGUGGACCCGGAGCUGUACGAGCUGACCCAGGCUAAGCUGGACGUGAGCGGAGGCAGCAGCAGAGUGGUGGAUGCGUUCGCUCGCCUCAUGUCCACUGUGGAGAAGACCAACACGUCCACAAGGCGGUUACAGACGCAGAAGGAGGAGAAUCUAAGUGACGAGGCUCGGCGUGUCAUCUCCACACUGCCUGAUCUCUCCUUCAUGCAGGCCAAAGUGUUGAUGUUCCCCUCCACACUCACUCCUCUUCCUCCCUCUUCCUGUUCCUCCACAUCCCCGUCUCCCGUCCCAGACUGAUCCCUCAAUCUCUGUCUCUCUCUCUCUGUCUCUCCACCUUACACCUCUCUAUCCUCACACUGUCUUUUGUUUUUGGGCCACUUUAGCUCAGCUUGUUGGAGUCAGUUUAGGUUUUGUCGUGUGAGAGUGAGCGGAGUGGAGCAGAGUGUUCAGUGUCUAGAGGUGAGGAAGUGUCUUCGUUAGGGAUGCACCCAUCCCGUUAAUUCACCACGAGUUAAAUCAGCACUACAGUUCACCCAGAGUGUGUGUUAACUUUUAAUCCCAGCGUCACACACAAUCAACCUAAUACCACCUACAACAAAACCAGCCACGCCGUAUCGCCAUGCCGUAACGCCCCAAACUGCAAUCCAUCAUUCACAGGAAUCAUUAUUCUUAUUUUACAUCUCGCUUUGAAGUUGCACAUCAGUUUGUAGCCACAAUUUGUGUAGCGUUUUUACCACAGUCCCGCCCCCGCAGUGCUCCAGAGCCAUCCCCCUGACCCCACCCACUUACCUCUUCCACUAGGUCUAGCUCCCUUAGCUUUCUGGGACCAUCUUUCUGACUCGACCCCUUCAGCAUUCUGGACUCUUACACCUGACCCAGCCCCCUCAGCUACCUGGAGCAAUCCUCCUGGCCCCGUCCUGUUAACUUUCUGGAGCAAACCUCCUGGCCCCACCCUCUUAACUGUCUGGAGCAGAGCACAUGGUACAGCGCCUUCAGCUCCGAAACCCUCCACUUGGCCCCUUCUAAGAUCUUUGAAGCCCUCCACUUGGCCCCGCCUUCUAGAUCUUUGAAGCCCUCCACUUGGCCCCGCCUUCUAAGAUCUUUGAAGCCCUCCACUUGGCCCCGCCUUCUAAGAUCUUUGAAGCCCUCCACUUGGCCCCGCCUUCUAAGAUCUUUGAAGCCCUCCACUUGGCCCCGCCUCCUAAGCUCUUUGAAGCCCUCCACUUGGCCCCGCCUCCUAAGAUCUUUGAAGCCCUCCACUUGGCCCCGCCUUCUAAGAUCUUUGAAGCCCUCCACUUGGCCCCGCCUUCUAAGAUCUUUGAAGCCCUCCACUUGGCCCCGCCUUCUAAGAUCUUUGAAGCCCUCCACUUGACCCCGCCUUCUAAGAUCUUUGAAGCCCUCCACUUGGCCCCGCCUUCUAAGAUCUUUGAAGCCCUCCACUUGGCCCCGCCUCCUAAGCUCUUUGAAGCCCUCCACUUGGCCCCGCCUUCUAAGAUCUUUGAAGCCCUCCACUUGGCCCCGCCUCCUAAGCUCUUUGAAGCCCCACCCUGCACUUCUUUAAUUUUAUCUCUCAAAAGCAUCAUUCUAGUGCUUCACUAUUGUUUGUUACAGCUGGAGUUGUAAUCGUGUCACCGGGGAGUUAUGAGUGUCGCAUGAAAGUUUUGAUUUGUAUUCUCAACAUUUUAAAGACCUCUUAAUCACGUUUCUGUUUGGCAUUGAAGAAUGAUUUGCAGACGUUUAUAAAGCUCGGUCAGCUCUGAUGUCGGAUCGGUGCAUCCCUAAUUACUCUAGCCGAGUUUUGUUCUUAAUAGAGGUUCAGCGUGUAUAUAAUCAGGGAUAAGACUUCUUUUCCAUUCUAGGUUCUGUUUAUGGUUCAGUAUGAUUCCAGCUGUGUGUGUGUGUGUGUGUGUGUGUGUGUGAGAUAUCGCUUUGCUGAGGAAACACUGGCUAAAAGUCCUUCAACGAAGGCAAAUAGUGAUGUGAAAUCAGUCAUAUAAAUAGACUUGAAACCAUACUGCCUGCAAAAUUCUGCUGGUUGAUUUAUUAUUAUUAUUAUUAUUAUUAUUAUUAUUAUUUUUUAAUUCUCUGCUUAAAAGGCCUUAGGUUUUAAUCAUUUCAGUUAAUCUAAUUAUGCGGAUAAUCGAUGUUUAGUUUGGAUGUUGCGUAUGUUAAAGUUUUGUUUAUCGGGGGUUUAACAUAAGUUAUUCACUGUAAACCGCUUUAUUCUGAUAGCAGACGAUUAGACGAAGCGUGGCGACGUAGCUGCGUUCUGUUUCCCGCCGCAGUUUUUAUUAUUGCUGUUGUUUUUAAACUCUUAAAGGUGAAACCACUGUAAUGUAACCCGUGAGAUGAAGGAAUCAUCGCGAUCGACUUGAAGUACUUUAGCCAACAAGGGACCAAUAAUAUACAUUUACCUUCUAAAGUCUUUGAUUUUCGCGUCUUGAACGCUCUCCUCUGGCCGUGCAUCAUGGGAAAUGUUGUCCGAAAUUAGUCCUUUUAGCUGUUUUUUUCCUCUCUUUCUGUUCUAGUUUAUUUCUUGUUUCAGUUCUUCCCCCCGCUGUGUGUUGUCCUGUCUGUCUGUCUCUCUGUCUGUCUGUCUCUCUGUGAGGAAUUUUGCACAUUGUAAAGCUGUAAUGGAAGUACUGCUAUACCACUUAAAUCACGUAGGUGACUGUGUACAGUAAGACUGUGGAAAGUGUACAAAAACGAGAAUGUUGCGGGGAAAUUCCUAUGGAAAAACAAUCUUACUGAUGAUGUGUGUGUGUGUAUGGGGGGGGAAAAGAGCCCCGCCCCCCUCCAGGUUGGAACGAGCAUGCUCGGGCUCUUUUGGACAAAAAAAAAAUCUUUAAGUGUGUAAAUUUUCUUUUAGUGUACACAAGGAAUUAAAAUAAUUUAAGAGA